AUGACGCUCAGCCCGACUGCCUGUCGUCGGUGUCGGCAACAGAAACGCAAAUGUACCCGGGAGCUCCCCAGCUGUCGGCGUUGCCAGGAGUUUGCCGCUAAUUGUGACUAUCCCUCGCCACCGGAUCGAAGAUUGCUAGCGGUGCAGAGAUGGGCACGCAGAGCGAACCGCAACCAAGGAACCCAGAUUCCAGUUUCCACACCGGCCUGGCCCUUCGACACCGGACUAGCCCUACUUCAGUCUUACUUCUCUCAAUUUGUCACCUCGGGCUUCUUUUUCAACCAGGAAGACUUCUUCUCAAACUACUUAGCGGGGAACAUUCCCAAGUCCUUGCUGAGAAGUCUUUGUGCAUUUUCUUCAUCCAUCUUCACGCCCAGGGCGAAUGCACGGUCAAAUCUCGAAUCUCACUCCCGAAGUUGGCUGGUAACUCCCGACCUCGAAGUUAACCACGGUCGGGAUGACUUCGGGACAGGUCAACUUAAAGCCGUGGAGGCAUUGCUGACCUCCUUUCACUUAUCACUGUACUGGUAUGCACAAGAUUCAGCCUUCCAACAUUCCAUCCAGUGGAUUCUGCAAAGACAGGCUGAAGGUGACGCACUCUCACCACAGACAGCCUUGAGCGUUUUUGGAGUCUACUGGUCCAUCCGCUGCAUUAUCCAGGAACCUGGCACCGUCGACUCCCGCGUGGUGGUGGAAUUGCCAGAUCUGCCAGCCUUUGCUACAGUGCGAGAAAUUUCGCACUCAAUUCAAGCUGGGAGACGACCGCAUUCAGAGAAUGUGGACGAAGACCUCCGGGUAGUCUCUAGAUUAUUGGCAUUCAUGGGUCGCUGGUUUCGCGUUCGUGAAUUCAUCACGGCUUUGCGCAUGGCCGACGACCCGGUUUCCAUGCUGUCAGAAUUAACAAGAUUAGAUAUGCAAACCACUGCUUGCUAUCAAUCUUUCAAGGCUGACUGGGACUUUUGGCGAAUGUCGAGCCCAAAAAGCGCCCGCAAGUAUUUUAUUUCUGAAAUCCUAUACCAUCAAUGUCGAGCCGUCUCUCAUCUCCACAUGUACCUUGAGAGCCAGCAGCGAGAUGGAGCCGAUCACGAGUUCAUACAGCUUACUGGCAGCAUCGCUUUCCGCCAGAUGCUACUACUUACCGAAGCAGUGAACCGCUUGCUGGUAAUGACACCACGGGAGCAAGCAUGCUCAAUCCCGCCAGUGGUCGGAUACUCGACCUUUCUCGCUGCCUCCUUGCAACUAGCUGCACUGGUGCACUUACGAGAUCACGAGGUACAAAGGCCGCUUUCAAAUGGUGAUGGUCUGGAAAAUGCUCUCCGGGCAUGCGUAUUGGCGAAUUUGUCGGUUCUGAGCCAUAUGAAAUGCUCAUGGGCACCCUUACAGACGCUGUGGGACAAGCUCCUACCAUUGGUCUAUCAGGCCUCAUUGAUCGUCCCGGAGGUCGAAUUCUUCGCGUGUCAACCCCAUCCCAUCCCGCUUCUGCAUGAAACGACAGCGAUGGAGUUGCAAAACUACGUCACGGGGCAUCUUUCUCCGAUCAUGACUAUCGUUGAUAUUGCGGAGCCCUUCUACCUCCCUGACAGUAGGUACGAUAGUUCCGCGCGAAGUACCGAUUUAUGUCCCCCACGCGAACUACCUCCAGCAGCACCCUACGAAUCACCAAGCGCCCCAUGUACCGGCGGUACAUCAGCCACCAAUGAGCUUUAUGAGGUUAUACCUGAAAUGCAUGACCACCUCAAUCAUCUCGGGCUGAAUUUCUUCUGA